ACAACGGGGCGCCCUACCUCAACAGGAUCCACAUCGAGGAGAUCAACCACACGGUGCUGCUGCACAUGACGGAGAAGAUGGCCUACAAGCACAGCGAGGUCCUCGGCGCCGUGCUCACCAACCGCGCCUGCCACACCCUGGCCGUCUACUUCCUGCUCAACAAGAAGAUGAAGCGGCUCUCCAAAGAGUACAGGGAGAUGCGCUUCCAGGAGGAGAAGAAGGGCGACAAGGCGAAGAACGAGUACUUCCAGACGCAGUGGCGCAAGCACGUGGACAAGCUGACCAUCCCGCCCAAGCAGGCGCCCGUCUACCUGGCCGUGAGCAAAGGACCCGGCAAGGAGAAGAAGCACCGCAGCGGUCUGCUCCGCGCUCUGACCGGCGGCCACCGCAACUCGCCGCUGGCGCCGCCGGGCACGGUGGCGUCGUCGUCCAUGGAGUACCUGGAGAUCCAGCCCCUGUUCUCGUCCCACACGCCGCCGCAGCGCCGCCGCCUGGCCACCAUGCCGCCCGUCAACGUGGGCAGCCCCGAGCGCGGCGUGCCGGCCCCGCGCCCUCGCCCAUCGGCAUGCACUCGUUCGGCUCGCUGUCCAAGGCCGAGCGGCCGGACGAGGCGCCCGCCUCGCCCUGGUACAAGCUGACCAACGGCACGCUGUCGCCGCCCCGCCACGUCUCCGCCUUCCAGCCCGACUCGUCCUACCUGAAGAAGGCCACCGUGCCCAGCCCGCCCGUGCUCAUCGUCCACCCGCGGCCCAAGAAGAGCGUCUCGGCCGAGUGGGGCGGCGGC